AUGGAAUUUCUUGCUUCUGCCCCACCACCAAUUAUAAAACCUAAUAUUUAUAACGUGGAUCCAAAAAAUGCGACUUUAGUUCCUUUAAACAUUGCAAUUAGAAUAUUUGUAAAACGUUUAGAAACCAACCUUAAUAAGAAAAAUGUUCAUAAAGCUGAUCUAUUAACUCAUUGGAUUAUGGUGAUAAAAGAUGAAUGGGGGAAUUUUGAUUUGAAGAAAAUCAUAAAUCGUGAAUGGAAGACUGGUGACGUUCCUAAAGUCCUGCUGCAACGUAAUUUUAGAAUAAAGAAAAAACAAAAUUCAUGGAAAAUUCAAGCUUCAUUGCUCGAAAAAAAUAAAAAACCAAAGGUUGAUAAGGACAAAAUAUUUAAACAAGAAGAAAAGGAAAUAGAAAAUAUUAAUGACAACGUAAAACAAAUAAAUCUGGAAGAUAUAACUAUCAAGGAAGUUGAAAACAAAAAGAUAAAGAGCAUUUCAUGGGCUGAUGAAGUUAACGAAGAAUUUGGAGAAGUUUCAUCAAUUACAAGAAAUAAUAAUGAGGAUGAUGUCAAUGAUGAUUAUAUGAAUAAUAAUGUAACUGAAAAUGAAACAACUCCAAUAAAAAAUCAUUUAACACAAAUCGAAGAAAUUGAACCAUACAACUCUGCAAAUGUAAUAGUAACGAUUAAUGAUUCGCAAAUCGAGUGCGAUUCAGUUUCUUCAUCCAACAACACUGAAUCUACAAAUUUAGGCGAAGAAGGAGGUGGGGAAGUGGCAGAUCAGAGUAUAGGAGUGGGGAGAGAAUUAGUUCUUGGCUUUAAUCACAAUGAUAAUUAUCCUGAAAAAUUGGCUAUUGAUGGCAUUGAAAUUAUUAAUCCUAAUGAUCCAACAACUCGCGCUAUCAACAAUAAUGAUACUAGGCCAAAUAAUACUAUAAAUCACACGUUUCAAUGGAACUGUGAUUAUGGAAAUGAUGUUUCUAUUACAGGAACUUUUGAAGAAGGAUUGAUAGUUUCUGCAAAUGACGUCGUUUACAAUGAUGAUAUUCGUCAAUCGAGUAAUUUGCAAUCGCACGCAGCUUUAAUUUAUAAAGAACUUCAAGGUGAAUUAGAAACACGUCAAUUAAUAUACGAGAUUGAUUCCAAACUUCAUAUUUCCGAAGCACCAAAAGGAAAAGAUAAAAAACGCGGUCAAAAAUUAAAAGCUUACAAGCAACAAUUGCUUAAUCAUUCAAUAAGAUUACAAGAUGGCGAAAAACGAAUUAUUUUACAUAAAUUUGAAAAAAUAUUAGAUGUAAAAUCAUAUUAUGACGAACUUUCCAGUUCAUUUUUAUUAUCUUCUUCGGAUUACAUAAAUAUCUAA